GAUUUAGUUUAUUAAGCUGCAGAUAAUCGUUGAUAAUUAUUGGUGAUAAUGCACUACUGUAUCUAGACAAAACUGUGUCUGAUAAGGACUUGCCAGACUGAUUUGACUGUUUUUGCAAUGUUUUUCUUUCAGAUAUGCCAGCCAAGGGUGAAAGUGUGAUUGGGAUUGUGACUGUGAAAUCUGGAGAUGUAUUCAAGGUUGACAUUGGAAGAAGCGAGCAAACCUCAUUGUCACCUCUGGCAUUUGAAGGUGCAACAAAAAGAAACAGGCCGGAAUACUGUACAGUUUGUUUUAGCAAUACUGAAGUUAACUGUGUGACUCUUCUGCUCCUUUCACCACAGAGUAAGAUAGUUAAGGACCUGGAGAAGAUAUUCCCAUUUGAGAUGGUUAUCGGCGUGAACGGUCGAAUCUGGGUGAAAACAUGA